GUUAUAAACUUACAUUUAAUGGAAACGUCGAUAUUAUAAUUACAAUGUAUGCGAACUGAGAACCAUUAACGGAAAAGUUUCGCCCACGUAGAAGGCCUUGCGAAACAAAUAAAUAGAAAGAAUAGCGAACAGAAUGCUACGAAAACUUCCACCAUUAAGCAUUUUCCAUUGAAGGUGCACAGCACAGUCAUCUCGUCUCCAACAUCAGAAUGAUAACUGCGUGGACCUCACCUCUCAUGGUCUUGCUGUGUGCGCUGAUCAGUCUCAGCUGUUAUGUGACUGCUCAGGAGUCAUGUGGCGCCAACUGCCCAGUGUUGAACUUUAAAAACGUGGCGAAAGUACUUCUUCAAAAACAGAGAGAACUCUGCAGCCCAUCAUGUCCAAGUGGUGACGAGAAAGCUCAAACGGAUGCCCUCCUGUCCAAGUUAUUUAACCCCCCGGUGAUCUAUAACAACAAGAGGUACGCUAUCUCGAAGAUUCCUUACAGCGAUUCUGAUGAAGCCAUGGCCUACUGCAACGCCUUUGGUGGCUAUCUGGCUGAAGUUGACGACGCCAGCGAGUACAAGGUACUUCAGAGCUACGUGUUAAGUAACCCUGACGACAUUGUGCUCAUCGGCGGUACUGACAAAGCGAAAGAAGGAACCUGGACGUUUCAGCGUACCUGUAAGUCAAUACCAUUUUUAGACUGGUGCUCAGCUCAGCCGGAUAACUACGGAGACGAAGACUGUUUGAGUUUCUGGAAGUACGGAGGUGGCAAAAUGAAUGACAUACAAUGUAAUUUCAGGAAUUCAGAUUGUAGAUUCAUGUGUGAGCUGCCCAUUGCCUAA